AUGUCUCUCUACCAAAUCCAGAAGGAUGCGUUAAUAUCCGAUCUGAACAGGGUAAGCUCAUCACAUCGUCACUUGAUUGCCGAUGAUACUACAUAUCCAAUAAUCGAUAAGCUAUUCAAAGAUGAUGUCUUGAACUACGUUUACACCUUCAAAAGAAUCGAUUCACCUGACCGCUCCAAAAACCGAGAUUCUGCAUUAUACAUAUUGGAUCCUUCCAGAUCCUUUUCACUAAAUUGUUUGGCAGCAGAUUUUUCCAAGGGCCAAAGGUAUAAAGACGUGGUUGUGAUGUUUAUACCUGGUCAUUGGGAACAUUUCUGGGAAAACAUGCAAAAGAAUCACUAUUUUAAAGAGUCUCUGGUCUUAUCGAAAGUUCCAUUGAUUCUUGAAUACAUGAGUUUUGUUCCUCUUGAGCCUCGUCUAUAUGUUACUGGGAACUAUCAUUCUAUCCCAAUUUAUUACAAGCCAGAAAAGUAUGGCAUGAAUUAUUUUCAUUAUCAAUUAGACACAGCAGUAAAUUCCAUGCUUGGGAUGUGUGUUGCCCUUAAUGAGUAUCCAACUGUCAGAUAUUACAACUCUAGAUUAUCCAAGGAACUAGCUACACGUUUCCAACAAAAAUUAGAUAAUUACUGGAGAGACCACCCUGAUAAUUUUCCUAUAGGAAGCAAAACAGUCUUUUUAAUCACUGAUCGUACAAUGGAUAUGUUUGGUCCAUUAUGCCAUUAUCAAUAUUACAGAUCACAAAUUUUUGAUUUGCUUGAUACUGUCGAGGUAGACAGAGGCGUAGAUCCUACAGCUACAUAUUCUUACAAGGUUGAAACUGGUGAGGGACUGACUAGGAAAAAACUUGUAUUUAAUACGGACGAUAAAGUGUAUCCACAGCUAAGGGAUUUAACGAUCGAGAAAGCAACCGACACUGUUCGGAAGCUGUAUAAUAAUUUGAAAGCGGAGGAUGCCAAAUUCUCAAACGAGAUGUUGCAGACAGCAAACGGAUUAAGACAUGCACUUGUCAACAAAGAUGUUCAUUUGGAAAAUAAGGCAGUAGUUACUGCUCACUACUUGCUUACAAAUGAGAUGUGGAAUGGCCUUAAGAAGGAACAUGUUGCUGAUAUUAUCACUUUUGAGAAUCUAUGUGCAGCUGGUCUAGGGGUACUCGAUCAUUUGAAAUCGCCGGUUACCGACGGACUAUUACAUUUAUUAGCGAAUCCGGAAAUCAACAUUUAUAACAAAAUCCGAUUACUUGUCACUUAUGCCAUAUACAGGAAAGGUAUUAUCGAGAAUGAUUUGCGGAAACUCUUAAUGUUCUCCAUGCCAGAUAAGAUCGAAAAUGUUCUAAAGCUUUUUAAAAAUUUGGAAACCUUAGGGGUUUUUGCAUUAAAGCAUGAUCUAAAAUCAAAAGCCCGUGAGAAAAAUACAUAUUUUGGAGUAAAAGACACAGAUGACCAAAUGAACCUAAUGAUUCCUACCUAUACUAACCUAGUUUCGAGACUAGUAUUAAAUAAGUUGCCCGAGUAUUAUGAUACGAGGACAAUAGAUGCUUCGGGGUAUAUUCAAGAUGAAGACGAAUCGUUGAAAACAUUCCCGUACGUGAAAGCAGGACCUUCGCCUAUGGAGAACGAGGGCUAUCAACAAACUGUUAGAAACCAACCUAAAUGGAAGAGCACAAAGAACACCAAUGACGCCGCAAGACAAAAGGUUAUGUUGUUUUGUGCUGGCGGUUUAACUCCUUCUGAGAUCAGUUCAAUGUCUUCUUUGGAAGAAGAACUGAAUAGGAACAUUAUCAUAGGCACUGAUGAGAUUUAUACUGUUUGGGAUAUGCUCGGUGAUAUCAAUUUGAUCAACGAGGACGAGUUUGAAUUUCCAUUGACCGAUAAAAUCGAGAGUAAACCGGUUCCUCAGUCAAUCGUUGAGAAUUCCAUGGAUCCUUCUCUUCUACAACAGCAGCAGCAGCAACAACAACAACAGCAAGUGCCAAAAAAGUCCCAUACCCAUCUACCCCAUCUCCCUUUGGGUCAUCACCAUCCUGAGAACACUCAAACAGCUCCUGAAAAGGAAAAAAAGAAAAUUAAGGGUGUUAUGAAAAAAUUCAAGAAAUUCAGCAUAUGA